CACGAUGCUGCUGCUCAGCCUGACCCUAAGCCUGGUUCUCCUCGGUUCCUCCUGGGGCUGCGGUGUUCCUGCCAUCAAACCAGCCCUGAGCUUCAGCCAGAGGAUUGUCAACGGGGAGAAUGCAGUACCAGGCUCCUGGCCCUGGCAGGUGUCCCUGCAGGACAGCAGCGGCUUCCACUUUUGCGGUGGUUCUCUCAUCAGCCAGUCUUGGGUGGUCACUGCUGCCCACUGCAAUGUCAGCCCUGGCCGCCACUUUGUUGUCCUGGGCGAGCAUGACCUAACGUCGAACGCUGAGCCCUUGCAGGUUCUGUCCAUCUCUCAGGCCAUUACACACCCUAGCUGGAACCCUACCACCAUGAACAAUGACGUGACACUGCUGAAGCUCGCCUCACCAGCCCAGUACACAACACGCAUCUCGCCAGUUUGCCUGGCAUCCUCAAACGAGGCCCUCUUGUCUGCCAGAAGGGAAACACGUGGGUGCUUAUUGGUAUUGUCUCCUGGGGUACCAAAAACUGCAAUGUGCGCGCACCUGCCGUGUAUACUCGAGUUAGCAAGUUCAGCGCCUGGAUCAACCAGGUCAUUGCCUACAACUGAGCCCACCACAGGCCCUUCCCCAGCUCAACCCAUUAAAGACCCAGGCCCUGUCCCAUCAUGCAUUCGUGUCUGUCUUCCUGGCUCAGGAGAAAGCAGAGGCUGUUGAGGGUUCGACUCCCUACUUGGACUUCUGGCAUGGACGGGGCUGAGUGGCUCCUUGAGUAGCAGUGGCUCUUCCUACAGUAGUCAUGCCCAGGCCAGGGACCCCACCCCUCCUCCAGGGCAACCCCUUGGUCCUACAGCAAGAAGCCAGAGCUGUUGGAAUGAAUGGCAGCCCUCCCUGGAGAGGCAGCCUGUUUACUGAAUACAGAGGAUACAUUUACAAACUGAAUACGCAUAAUAAAUAACUGCACAUUCUCCA